AUGCCUCGUCGACCUACGAGUUCCUUUGUCAACAAAUCCUCCGACUCGCCGUCCCCUUCUUCGACUACGCUUCCUAAAAAGGACGCACCAAAACCUACGAAUCACAACCGCAACCGCUUCAGCCAGCUGUUCCUGAAUUCAACAAGGUCCAAAUUGGAAGCCCAACAAGCCGCCCUUGGUGGCCAGCAGCCAAGUACCAGUACCCAGAGUCCUGUGGCAACCGGUUCGACUCCGUCCUCCCUACCAGUCAUCUCUCUUUCGACUGCAGACGCUUCCACCAUGGAUGUUCCCGCGACCACCCUCUUCCAACCACCUUCUCCCCGUGAGGCGCGCCGAGUUGCGAAACAGCAUGCCCAGUUUGGCCCUCUCGGUCACCCCACUCACCGGUGUACUUCCCGCCACCAGGGCGCUUUUGGGCACGUGCGUGAUUUCUUCGGAAAAAGAUUCAAAGAAAAGGACUACCGUCACUUAAAGCCACAGAAUGGCUAUGGUGCGCUGAAUAGCGAUUUCGACAACUUUUAUGUUCGUCGCUUGAAGCUUCGUAUCAAUGACUGCUUCGAGCGCCCUGUCACAGGAGUGCCUGGACGGUACAUCACCCUGAUUGAUCGUGUGAGCAAUGACCAGAAUCGUCACUUCCAUUUCACCGGGACCACUACCGAUACCUUGAAUAUGAGCUCCUACAAUUAUCUCGGAUUCGCUCAGUCUGAAGGCCCAUGUGCAGAUGCUGUUGAGCAGACAAUCAAAAAGUACGGAAUCAGCUCAGUUGGCACCAGGGUCGAUGCCGGGACACAGGACCUUCACCUGGAAGUUGAAGAUUUAGUUGCUAGAUUUGUGGGCAAGGAGGCUUCAAUGGUAUUCUCCAUGGGAUUUGGUACAAAUGCUGGUAUAUUUCCAGCCUUGGUAUCCAAGGGUUGUUUGAUUAUUUCUGACGAACUGAACCAUGCGUCAAUCCGUUAUGGUGCACGAUUGUCAGGGGCCUCGAUUGAAAUGUUCAAGCACAACGACGUUAGCGCGCUAGAAAAGAAAUUACGCGAAGUGAUAUCCCAAGGCCAACCACGCACUCACCGCCCAUGGAAAAAAAUCCUGGUAGUCGUGGAAGGGCUCUACUCAAUGGAAGGGUCAAUGUGCAAUCUCCCCGGAAUCCUUGCCUUGAGAAGAAAAUACAAAUUCAACCUCUUCAUCGACGAGGCGCACUCUAUUGGAGCUAUCGGUCCCCGUGGACGGGGAAUAUGUGAUUAUUUCGGAAUCGACACCAAGGAAGUUGAUAUUCUAAUGGGCACACUCACCAAAUCCUUUGGUGCCAAUGGUGGUUACAUCGCAGCAGACAAAACCGUCAUUGACAAACUCCGCGCGUCAAAUGCAGCAGUGUUUUUUGGAGAAGCUCCGACACCACCGAUUCUCGCUCAAAUCUCGACAUCUCUUAGAAUUAUUACCGGAGAACUUGUUCCCGGGCCAAGGGGAAGAGAGACUCCAGAGCUCAAAUUCUCAAGUGGUGUCGCUGGUGGUGCUCUACCUCCGCCGGAUGGAGUAAGCGCAGAGAUGGAGAAUGAUUGGUAUCGUCAGCAAAGUGCCAAUGGCCAGAUCAUUCCUCCACGCUGGCGUUAUGAAGACGUGAUUCGUCGCGGGGUUCAAGAUGUCAAGCGACCCCUGAGAUAA